CCCCCGGGGCGGGAGGGGGUCGCGUGCCCGGCGACAGACGCGCCCGCCAAGGAGGGGAGGGGGCGGAGUGGCCGGGGCGCGUGCCUCCGCCUGCACGUGAGAGUCUCCCUCCCUCGCGCUGGGGCCGGCGCUGUCCCCUGCUAAUGACACCGCUGCUGCAGGGAGCGUGACUUUGCCAUUCCCUUCCUGGGUCUCCCGCCGCGGGCAAGAGGCUAAUUACCAGCUGGGGAUUCGGCCACUCCCCCCCGGGCCCUGCUGGGAGCCAGGCUGCCCGUGUUCUCUUCCCCACCAGCUUGGUGGCUUGAAAGGAUGGCCGGCUUAUAUCACCAGGCAGAGACCCUGGAAUAAUGAUGUGAGCUCAGUGAACAAAAUAAACAGCUGUUAGUGCAAUGAAGUGUGGAGACUGCUACAGCACCAAUGGAGGAGUAGCAGAUCAGGCAUUUGUGACCCUUGGUAGUGACGAUGAUUAUUGCCAAGGAGCUCUGGUUCUUGGGCAAUCCUUGAGGAAUCACGUGACAUCUAGAAAGCUGGCUAUACUAAUUACACCACAGGUCUCCAGUGUGAUGAGGGCUGUGCUCUGCAGUGUGUUUGACGAGGUGAUUGAAGUGGAUGAGAUUUACAGUGCUGAUUCAAUGCACUUGUCUCUGCUGGAGAGGCCAGAGCUGAGUGUAACCUUCACCAAACUUCACUGUUGGACUCUCACUCAGUAUAGCAAAUGUGUCUUUAUGGAUGCAGACACUCUGGUGUUAUGUAAUAUCGAUGAACUGUUUGAACGGGAAGAGCUUUCAGCAGCUCCUGAUUCUGGCUGGCCAGACUGCUUUAAUAGUGGUGUGUUUGUCUUUCGACCUUCCUUACAAACCUAUAACAACCUGCUGCAGUUUGCUACUGAGCAUGGCAGUUUUGAUGGUGGUGAUCAAGGCUUAUUAAACAGUUUCUUCAGUAAUUGGGCAACAACAGAUAUUGGCAAACAUUUACCAUUUAUCUACAACUUAAGCAGUAGUGCUAUUUACACCUAUGUUCCUGCUUUCAAACAUUUUGGCAGAGAUGCAAAGGUCGUUCAUUUUUUGGGGUCAACAAAGCCAUGGCACUAUACGUACAACCCUCAGACAAGAACAAUUAUGCAUGAUGGUGCCACCUCAGGAUCUCCAAAUCAGUUCUCAUUUCUUCAACUCUGGUGGAAGAUAUACUAUGCUAACAUAUUGCCUUUGUUAGAAAAAUGUCAAGAGAUGGCAAAUUCAGAGUCCCAGGGACAAAAGCAUGUUUUCUAUGAUGAUGAAAUUAGACUGAAAAAUGAGACUCCUCUGGUUAUCAAUUCUCUGCAAAUACCCACAUUUCUAGAACAAACAUCUGAAAUGGACAUCACUGCUUCUGCACCUGAAGAGUUUGAUAAUAAAAUCACACCUGUAGUACCUCAAGUUGAACAACGCAGCUCUGAAGUCCGUCUCCCUGAGCCAAACCAACCAUUAGAGCAGCCUGUCUUUCAUCCUGCCCCACAACAAACCUUGAAGCUGGAUGAGACAGCCCACCAUAUUUCUGAGCUAUCCAUUCAGCUCAAACCAGAGGCACCAAAUGCAGAAGAUGAACGCAAGAAGUGGGAGGAAGGCCAUAUAGACUACAUGGGGAAGGAUGCUUUUGAACAUAUUAAAAGAAAAUUGGAUACAUUUUUAAAAUAGCCUUUAUUGUAAUGCAGUAUAUCAACCUGCCACUGUUUGCAUUUGUGGUGUACAAUGCGAUCCCUGGUAUGCUUUAUUAUAUUCCUUUGAUAUUGAAGUUUAAAAUGGGGUGACUUUAUUUUUAAGGGGAAAAAAUGCAACUGUAGCACCACUAAUUUUUAACUCAUGCGUGCCUCAUUUAUUGUUAACCCGUAGUGCCUCAUGAAGAGCAGAAAUUGACAUCUCCACUUGACAACUCUGAAUUAAGGAAAAAGGCCUAUAGUAUUCUGUAUUAAUGUACAAAAUAUUAGAAUUGAAAAUGUUAAACUUCUACAGGAGAUUAUAUUAACAUUUAAACUUUUUUAAAAAAUGCUGCAAAACCGUUUUUAUGAAAGCUUUUUCCAUUGGAACCAAAAUUAUAGCCACAACAUCUACUGUUAUACGUAAACUGACAAUCAGGAAAAGCUGAAGGUGGAAAUCCUGGCUUUACUGGGCUAGGAUACUCCAAGAAGUCUGCUGGGGACUGUUCUUGUAUCCUGCUUUAUGUGGAAGAUGCUCCGGCACAAAGCCGCUUAGGCAGUAGUACAACUCUAAAAUAGAUUGUAAAGUUCUAAUUAUGUAUUUUUAUUAGCUGAAUGGUUGAGGGGAAAAACACAGUAUAAGCCUUCAUAACUAGCAACUAUUCUGUCUCAUUCUGGUGAUUUAGAUGAAUUUGUUUACUAGUGCUCCAAACUGCAUUUCACAAAGAUACUAAAUACAUUAGAUGAUACUUGUCUUCAUUGCAUGCAGUUUGGGUGCAUCUGAGACCGAUAAACUGAUACCUAGUAAAUAAAACUGCUGUUAGUUUAUUGCUAACUAAGGGCCUAUUUCCAGAAACAAAUACAACUGUGUGUAGUGUUACUGUCCAUAGGACUGUGCUGUAUUAACUAUACUUGCGUGAGUGCUGCUUUGCAGAUUUGGGCCUUUAAAGUUAAAUCUAAUCACAUUGUUAAUAAAAAUAUAUUGCAAAUGAUAGAAAAUUGAUAUUUUUCUAAUUUGAUAACUCUUGCAUUUCAACUUGAAACUUCACGUCUGAUAAUACCAAAAGGGAGAAAAUAGUAUUAUACAACACUUGAUGCAGACUUCAAACAUUUUGGGUCAUAUUGUGUUACCGAUAUAAAUUGUAGAACUACCUAAUAACAUUUUGGAACUCUGCUUUUUU